GGGUUCAACCUACAUGUAGAAACAGCAUUCUGCAGUUCAUGUGGCAAGAACAUCACAUUUCUGCAUGAUGCUGCUAAGCCUGGCACAAGUGAAGAUUUCAGUUGGUAUUAUGCGCAUAAAGGAUGGAGUGCUGAAACCUGUCAGAGGAAUGGUACUACCCCUUGUAGUGCAACCAGGGUCGGAUGCAGAGCAAUUGCGCAAAGCAGCCGUACAGAAAAUGAAAGAUUUUAACAAAAAUUUAGAGGCUGGUCCCUACCUUCUGCUCUACCCUGAUGGUACAAAGGUAAUAAAUAUUCCCGGGACAGAAACAGCCUUCUCUCUGAAACUCUACAAGGAUGCUGUUGGGAAGGCUUGGCAACGCCUCACAUUGUACAUUUGUACGGUGGAAGAUUUCCUUACUAAUUCUGAGCAAUUCAACUCAGACUCGCCUGAUUCAGAGGUGAUCAUUACAAGCAGAAGUGCUGCUGAAUUCAAUUCAGCUGAUACAGUACUAUUUAAACCAAUCUUGACCAGUACCAGUAUUGGUGUUGAAGAAACUCCACACCGUGAUCCAGAAACUAUGAUCUUACUUUCCGAAGCAGAAGACUGCCCAGGAACAUCAGGAAGUGCAUUGGAAACUACAUGUUAUAGAAAAUACACAGAACUGUAUGCACCCAUUAUAGUAGAGGAUUCAGAGACCUCCGGAGACAGUGAUGCUGUCACUCAUGAUAUUUCAGAGGAUCCAGAGAUAGAACAGAGACCCAUUUCAGAAGUGAUUGCAAACCUGGCACUCCAGAUUGAUCGCCACGCAGUCAGCAGAUUUCACAUUUGCCGCUCUGACAUCUGGGAUGGUGCCGUCAGAGGAUUCAAAAGAGGAACAUUCUCUGAAAAGAAGGACCUCCUAGUAAAGUUUUCUGAUGAUGCAGGCAUGUUUGAGGAAGGUAUUGAUACAGGUGGCCCAAAAAGAGAAUUCCUCUCACUCCUGAUGAAAAGCCUGAACAAACGACCCAUAUUUGAUGGACCUGCAGAGAGCCGCUACCUUGUCUACAACUCAACAGCAAUCAGAGAGGAUGAAUAUAGUUUGGCAGGAAAGAUGAUUGCUGUAUCCAUAGUACAUGGAGGACCUGGUCCAAAUUUCCUCUCAAAGGAUCUGGUCAGCUACAUCUCAGGGCAGUCCAGUUUCAACUCAUCUAUAGGAGACAUUACAGAUGAGGAAAUAGGGAAAGUGUUACGAAAGAUACACAAUGCAUCCUCAUUGGAGACCCUGCGAGACCUAAUGGUACAGAACAGCACUAUGUUGCAGACAGCAGGGUGCUUCAAACAUGUAAGGUCAGUUGAGGAAAGGAAGUCGAUUGUAAAGGAGUACCUCAGGUGGUACAUCAUUGACAGAAACCACAGUGCAAUUGAAAGAUUCAAGGAUGGGCUUUCCAGCUUGCAGGUGUUAACAGUGCUGCAGCAGCAUCCUGAAGUCCUGACACCUGUUCUCUGCCUGUCAGAUAAAAAGUUAUCUGCUACGGACAUUGAGAAUAUCUUCCGACCAGAGCUAAGUCUGCGUGGAAGCAACAAGAGGCUACAGGAGGAAAAAACACUAUCUUUCUGGGCAGACUACCUUCUUGAUUGUGAAGAAAGUCAAAGUGAAGUAACCCUGGAGGAGGUCUUCAUGUUUGCCACAGGUGUGCCAUGCAUACCUCCUGCUGGUAUGGAACCUCAGCCACGCCUUCACUUCCUGGCCAGUUCAACGCCUCCCUAUGGCAAAUACAUGUGCCAAUACUUUAAUGUUGCCACUCCUGGAAAACUACAACACCUUUAA